AUGAUAGGUUGGGCUUGGAUGCACUGUGGUAAGCAGGUAGGCAUACACUCUGCUGCACAUACUGGUUGUGGUGGAGGUGCUGAAGCUGCUGGUGGAGGCGCCGCAGCGAGAGGUACUGGAGCAACACAGGUUGGCAGACAUGCUGGCAUGCAGGUUCUGGCACAAGACGACGGAGCCUGUAAAACGGGCAGUGGAAGUGAUGGGAGAACUGGAACAACAGCCUCUGGUCGCUGUAAAACGGGCAGUAUCGAGUGA